AUGGUGGAGCGAUGGAAUUUCUCAGUCGUUGUUAAUCGACAUAAUAGCUGUACAACUGCCUCAUUACCAUACCGCACAGCCCAGAAUAAUAGUGUUCGGCCAUCAGAGUCCUUCGAGACCACAUCCACCUGCCCAGUCUCAAUAAAUAGCUGUACAACCGUCUCAUUGCCAUACAGCACGGCGAAGAAUAAUGGUGUUCGGCCGUCAGAGUCCUUUGAAUCCACUUGUACCUGCCUAGUCCCAAGUAAUAGCUGCACCACUAGCUCAUGA